ACCAUGCCCACAUGAUAGUUAAUUUCUAUUCUAUGCUGUGACUAUUUGGGCAAAUUUGCGGAUUAGAAGAACAAUUGUUUGGAGGAAAAUAGGUAGUCAAGUAUUUUUACAUUGUCACUGGAUGUGAAAGAUUUGAAAACAAUGGGAAAUUGCUUGAAUGCACAAAUAGAGUCAAACUCUAAUUUGCUCUGCGUGUAUAAACCCCCAUUCACACUUUUGGAGCUCAAAACAUCAGUUGGUUGUAACAACACCAACAGCAUUAGACUUAUCAGGCCCUUUCCUGCCCCAAAAUUAAUUGUGAUUGAUUUACCAAAUUAUUUUUUGAAUGAUAUGCCGAUUUUGAUAUGUUUUAAAGGGUGUUCAGCUGCUUAAUAGCUUGUUCUUAGGGUGUUCUUGGGGUGUUCUUGGAGGGUGUUCAGCCUGUUCUUAGAGUGUUCAGUCUUUUAGAAUCGCUGCAGUGUAAGCGCAAAAUUGGAUGUCAAAAUAGCUGUUUUGCCAAAGUGAAACUUCCCUUUAAAAAGUUGGAUGAAUUCAACUUUUGUCCAACUUUUUCCUCUUGUAUUCUUUAAUCCCCCUUCGAACCCAUUGUCUUUAAUGACGUGCACUGCACUUCAGGGACUUCACUCUACCAGCCAGGUUAUUUUUCUGACAGCUAAGGAUAUAAGCAUUUGUCUCCUGAAUGGGAGAAAUUCCAGUAGCAGCACCACGGGGGACUGGGGGGGACAUGUCCCCCCCCCCCAGUUCUCAGCAGGAUCAAUUUUGUACACAACAAUGACUAUUUUAUGAUCAAAAAGACUUUUUUGUUUUUUUUGACCACAUGUUUGAAUUCUGCAUGUCAAAAACGGUAGUUUAUCAAAAAAAUAUGUUGGGAAUUGUGAGUAAUUGGAGAGUUUAAUUUUUGAUGACGUCAUUCGUCAGAUGUAGUUAUUGUCCAUGCCCUCUCUUUGGUGGCAGUACCACUACAUCAGAGAAAACUAUUAAUUUUACUAUGUAAUGCAAUAGGUUUAUUUGUAUAUGUGUGCAUGUAGAAUAUACUUAAAUGUGAAUUACAAAGUUAUUAAAACUUGCUUUCAGUUUUGUUCACAAAAUCAAGGUCAUGAUACUAACUGAAAAAAAUGAACAAUUGAGAAAGCUCUAGCAAAAAAUAGGUAAUAAAACAGAAAAGUUGCAGUAUUAACUAUCUUUCACCUUGCUUUUGUUGAGGAGCAAUUAAUUCUUGAAGAAAUCUUUAGAAUAAUCAUACAUAGAAUUAAACUGAAUAACAAUAAGUCAGAAUUUACAUACAAUGUAUUUACAAUAACUAUAAAUAUAUGGUGAAUAUAAAGUUUAUGAUGAAAUUAUGCUAGAAAAUAAGUUAUAUGAAAUAAGCUUUUAUUAUAUAAUAUACAAUGUAGCUGCUUGUAAAAUGAAAGUUGUUUUGCUGAGGGUCUGCCUUUAUAGUCAACCUAAUCCUAGAGUCCAAAAUGGAUCGAAAAGCUGGUGACACGGUGAUGAUUUAGGGAGGGGGUGUCGAAAAUUCAUAUAUUUUAGGUGCUGUCAUUUUUUAGGGAGACUCCUGAAAAGAUCUCUAAAGUAAAGUAAAACAUUAGAUUUCCAGAAUAUAGACUUUACCUGAACCUUUUCUUUCCUAGAACAAUACCUAUAACAAUAGAGUAUGACAUCAUGAAAACUUCAAUUGCAAAUUCUGAUCGAUUUUCAACUGUAACCUACCAUUUUUUCAUGGAAAUAUAUGUAUUUGACAGUAUAGAUUUAAAAAAUGUUGUUUGAAAAUUCUGCCAGAAAAUCCUUCAUGCAUUUUUGUGCAAAAAGUUAUACACUUCCCAAUCGGGAAAGUAAGUAUGAUUUCUUCUCCCAAUCAGGAGACAUUUUAUUGAAACUUCUUCCAAACUCCCAAUCCGGAGAAACAUUGUUUAUUUCUCUUGAUCAGGGGAUAAAUGCUCAUAUCCUUAGUAGCUGUCUGAUCACGCUGCUUUCUGAAAUUUUAUAAAGGGCUACAAAGAGUCAAAGAAUUAAAAAAGACAAAGAGUUUAUAAGUUUAUGGAGAAAGGAAAGCUGUUUUUGGGACACAAGGUGGCCUCUGUAUCGCAAUAGCGGUGCAAAAUUAGCGAGCCUUGCUGAUCAUUUGAUAAUUGCUGGUAUUGCCUCUGGCAGCCUUGUGUUGAUUUUUUAGUAUCAAAUUCAACAAGUUGCAAAAGCUCAUCAAUAUUUUUGCAAAAAAUUUUCAAGAACCUUUGGUAUUCACCACCUUCUUCCAGGUGAAAUUCUUGCGUGUUAUCAACUCCUAGCCCAUUUCUUUGGGCUUAACCCAGACGGAUCUUUGUUGCCUAUUUAAUUUUUUGCACAUACGUUUUUUAUUUUUAUAAACAAUUUCAAUAACAGCGUUGGUGGGUGUUCAAAAAUAUGGAAUGCAUUGUUGGUGGGUGUUAAACUCAAACUCAAAAUCUUCUUCAGCAAGCAAACAGAGUAAUUACAAUAAUAAUCCAAGAAUGCUACAUACAUUUGAAGACAAAGAACCAUGUCCAGAUUCAUUUUUCGAAUACAAAAGUGACAUCGCUGGCAACCAUGUUCCACUAAUUAUUGACAAUGGUAGCUACACCUGUAAAGUUGGGUGGGCUUGUAACAAAAGGCCAAAACUAAUUUUCCGAAAUCUGAUAGCAAAGGCAAGAGUUAAGAAGGAAGGUGAUUUUAAUGGUUCGCUUAUUGGCAACGAUAUAAGAAAUUUAGAGUCUAUGAAAUGGAAUCUCAGAACCCAGUUUGACAGAGAUGUUGUAACACAUUUCGAGGCCCAGGAGCAAAUACUUGAUUACACAUUUUCCCAUCUUGGGAUAGAUACAGAGGGCUAUGUAGAUCACCCUGUUGUGAUGAUGGAGGCAUUAUGCAUUCCUAACUCUUUCCGGCAAGGAAUGUCGGAACUCCUCUUCGAGUGCUACGGAAUUCCUCAAGUUGUUUAUGGAGUGGACAGUUUAUUCAGCUUCAAUUAUAACAUGAAAGAUACUGAUACCGCAUUGGUGAUAUCGUCGGGAUUUUCCGCUUCUCAUGUUAUUCCGAUCUUCAAUGGGCGUGCCAGUAUACAAAACUGUAGAAGAAUUAAUGUUGGAGGUAUGAACGGAAAUAUUUUCAUGCAAAGAUUAAUGCAACUGAAACAUCCAGGGCUGUCUGCAGCUGUCAGCAUUUCCAGGGCUCAGGAGCUUAUAAAGAAGUACACUUAUGUAGCUCCUCAUUAUGAUGAAGAGUUAACAAAAUGGAAAGAUGAAGAUUUUGCAAAAGAUAAUAGAAGGACUAUACAAUUACCCUACGCGAAGCCAGAACCUAUUGUUCCGAAGGACCCUGAAAAGGAAAGGGAAAAGCGAAUAAAGCAAGGUCGGCGUUUGCAGGAGCUGAAUGCAAGAAAACGCGAGGAAAAGCUUGCACAAGACGAAGCGAGGUUCAAUGUACUGCGUCAGCUAUUACCUCUUCAGAAAAUCAACCAAAACCUCUUUGCUGAACGAUUAAAGGAAGCAGGAAUCGACUCAAAUGAGGAACUUUUUCAAGAGGUUGACGAACUGAGGUCCUCAAUUCUUGCCAGAAGACAGAAGAUGAUGAAUCAAAGUUUAGAGGAGCCAUCGGCAAAGAAGUACAAAGGGGAAGAGAAAAACCCAACGGAAGGUAUGACUGAGGAGGAAAUUGAAGGACUGGUGGAAGAGCUAAGAAGAGAGCGCAUGGAAAUAUUGGAUAAAAGAAAACUCCGAGAACAACGAAAGCAAGAAUUGUCAAACAGAAAGAGUCAUGCUGCGAAGGAAAGAAUGCGGAUACUCACGAAAUUGGCGGAUGCUGGAAAAACUUCCAAGAAGCAGAAGUCAGAAGAUACUUUUGGCAUGAAUGACGAAGACUGGGAAGUCUAUAAAUACAUUAGCAAAGAAGGUGGUGAUACUGAUGAUGAGCAAGAGCAAGAGAGGCUGGAUGAAAUCGAGAUGUUUCUGUCGCAACAUGAUCUUGAAUUCAUCAAAUCACGUAAACAAGCCGAUGACUCCUCUGUUGAUUUGGCAGCCUACUACCAAUUACACAUGGAUGUCGAGCGAAUCAGGGUUCCAGAGAUAGUCUUUCAACCUUGCAUUAUUGGUUUAGAGCAAGCUGGACUUGCUGAAACUAUCGAAUAUGUUUUGAAAAAGUUUUCCGCAGAGAUCCAGGACAAAUUAGUUCAGAAUAUUUUUGUAACUGGAGGCAAUUCAUUAUUUCCUGGUUUUCGAACGCGGCUUGAGAAUGAGGUUCGCUCGAUGAGGCCUUUUAAGUCCCAUUUCAAUGUGCGAUUUGCAGAAAAUCCUGAGCUGGACGCCUGGCUUGGCGCUCGAGAAUGGGUUCAAAGUCUAUCAAAUCUGUCAGAGGUUUCAGUAACGAGAUCGGACUACGAAGAGUGUGGCGAAGGCUUUUUGAGGGAACACAAAUGUAGCAACAUAUUCUUCCAAACUCCAUCGACUGGAUAAUUCUAACACAUCAAGAAGUAAACGCGACAAACCAAAAUGGAAUGAUCAAAUAAGGGGAUUUUUGCUUGUUCCGACUCCAGUUAUGGUAAAGCAAAAAGGAAUUGUAUAGCAAAGCACUGUUUGUCACAGAUGUUGUUUCUGGAGAAGAGUAGAGUGAACUCACAAAAACUUGGAAUUUUUGCAAGCCUGUUCCUUGGAUGAGUGUUACUUGGACGUUUAUAGAAGAUAAUGUGAUAUGUAACAAGAUCAGUAAACAUUGUUAGAAAACUAUAUCAGUUAAGUAUGUUUUCUAACUAACUAGCAUCAAUGGAAAUUAAGAUACCGAGUUGAGAUAUGGGAGCAAGUAUUGAAUUGCAAA